AUGACUACUACUCAAGAAAAUAAAUGUUCUAUUUGUUUAAAAUCAUUCAAUGAUCCAAGAUGGAUGCCUUGUAAACAUGUAUAUUGCUUUAAAUGUAUACCACAGUUACAUCGUCGUGAUCUUGAUACUAAAGAUCAGAUUGUAUUUGAAUGUCGUAUUUGUGCAAAACGAUAUGGAUUCAAUAAUUGGUCAACAUUGAAAAAUUAUGUUACAUUACAUUGUGUACCAUAUGUUACUGCUUUACAGUUUGAUAAGACACCGAUAGCAACAAUUAAAUCUUCAUGUUCUGCUUGUUUUAACGUGAUUAAUAGAGAUUCAAAUAUUGAUAAUCUUGAAUAUUGUAUUCAUUGUAAUAAAAAAAUAUGUCAUGAAUGUCUUAUUGAUCAUCGAAUGGAAUUGAAGAAGAAUAUUCUUCAUGUUAUUAAUCAAUAUCGUUUAUUCAUGAGAAAACACCAACAACUUAUUCAACAGACAAAGAAUAAACUUGAAAAUAUGAAAACACAUAUUGAUUUCUGUGCUUUUGAAUUCAUCGAUCAGAUUGAGACAUAUUGUGAGUCAAUAUUUCUUCAAAUAGAUGAACAAAAAUUUUGUGAAGAAACAAACUCAAGUUCGGGUUAUGAGUCAUUAAAUGAACAAUGGUGUUCCGAUAUGGAUUAUGAUAUGAGUCAACAAUCAAUUUUACAAAAUAAUAUAAUAUUAACAGAACCAUCAGUCAUACCGAUUUAUUUACUUGGAGAACUCAUUUCACCUGACACAAGUUUAUUAGUUCCAUUACUAAAAUCAUCAACAUCCCGACUUCUCUGGUCAAUAACUCAUUCUUUUCCUCCAUCUCAUAUUGUAUUUGAAUCUGAAUCAUCGAAAUUAUUUAUUUGCACUGAACAUGGUUAUGUAUCUGUUUAUAAUUGUACUACAUUAAAAUUAUUACUCAUUGAUACAUUCUAUUUACAAUAUAAUGGAAAAUCACAACCGAUUACAAUUAAAUCACUUACAGCUUCUGUAUUUUCACUCAUUGUUAGUUUCAAUUCAUUCGUAGAAUCUACUCUUCAUUUUUAUUCACAUAAUGGUCGUCUUUUACAUUCUUUAACAUUAUUUAAUGAAUAUAUUAGUCAAAUUUGUUUUGAUCAUAAUUAUUUAUGGUGUCUUGAAUUAAUUUCUUCAACACUCUUUUAUUAUCAAUUUCAAUCAAAUAAUAUAAUCAAUAAAAAUCUACCUGAAAAAACACAAUUUAUUUCAUUUAAACAACAAUCUUUUAAUCCAUAUCGAUUUGCUUCUAAUAAAAUAUUCGUUGCUGUUAUGGAUCGAGCAUUAACUGGAAUAGUUCUACUAUUCGAUAGAUAUACUGCAUCUUAUUUGAAACAAAUUAAAUCACCAUUGACUAAUUUUCACCCAUGUGAUAUUGAACUCACUAAUCAAAUGUUAAUCUAUCGUUUUCCUCAUUUUAUCUUAUUAACACUAUUAGAGAAUGAACAAUCCAUCGAACAAAUUAAUGCAAAUAGAAAUUUAAAUAUAACUAAAGGCAAAUCUGAUACAGAAGUUCUUAUUAGUAUGUCAACCGAUGAUAAUAACACAUUCAUCAUUCAAUGUUAUGUCACAUAA